GGGUCACGAGGUGGCGGGGCGUUUAAAUUCACGGUGCUUUUUUGAAGUUGAAUGGUGGUGAAUUCCAUGGUUGAAUGUUGUUUUAGUAAAAAGGUCUAUCCCGAAAGUUGAUGGCAGGGAAGAAAUGAACAAGCACGGCAGAGAAACCCAUCAUUAUCUGAAGAAAGGAAAGAUGCUAAUUUCUCUAGAUUUGUGCAUCUUGAACCAAGGAGGAACUGAAAACUGGUACCAAGACAGACAUAGACAGGAAACAAUUGCCUUACUAGAAGACUGUGUAUCGGAGAGGAUCAGUGAGUUCUACAUCAAGAAGAGAGCGAGAAGGUUCCACAGACAGCGAGAGAAGAAAGAAGUCAAGCCCAAACAAGAACAACCAAAGAUGCUACAAGGUAGCACAGUUAAGAUUGGAUACAAGUUCACCAAGAGAACGGUCACUCAGAGAUGCCUCUUAACAAAUUCCAACUUUGCGACCAUAACUCUAUUCCCAGAGACACUUCAUGUGUACGUGUGCGAGUACCAACCAUCCACAGUGCUUAAGACCACCGCUCAGCUGAUGUACACAAUCAAGGAGGACACCAUGGAACCAGUGGGGACCAGUAACUAUUUCCAGCGGGGCACCAGUCCAGAAAUAAAGAAAGUCGGUACUGUGUCGGCAGUCAAGAAGAGAGAUAAACUGAAGAUGCUUGUUAGGAGACGGAUUAGGAAAAUGCUAACAGAGUCUUGCUCCAUGGAAAGUGGCUACGAUACAAUCACGAACAACCCAACGACCUCCGCCGACACCAAUAUGGUCUGCGCACCUUGCCACACUACAGGUGGUGGAUAUGCCCCGGAAGAAGUCGAUGAUCCUAGAAGCAAUAGUCAUGUUUUUCAGACCAAAACUGAGCGAGCACUGCUGAGAGGUCUCAAACAGGCUGCAACUUCCACUAAAUUUCACAUGCAAGGGAUGUGUCAUCAUAGGGAAGGACUCAUAGGUAAUGAUGUGCAAAAACCGUCCAAAAAGAGGAAAGUGGUUCUCGGUGGGGAGUCGCACCCUAAUGAGAUGGAAACCAUAGCAGCUGUUCAAACAAACACAAACAAAGACUCACCCGACAUAGGAGGCAGGGAGCCUUUUAAAGAGAAGAUAAUUGGACCAGCAAAUACGGAAAGUGACAUGUUGUCAGGUCGAUGGUCCUCUUCCGAGAUAAAAGAGAAGACUUGCGAAGCAAAGUCCAAAGAGUCGGAGCGGAGUUCGUUUCACGACGACGAUGGGGAUGUUGAGAUGAUGGAUCUUGAGGAGGUUGUUGACCUUUGUGGGGAGGAUGGCGAGGAGGACGUAGCUGGAGGAGAUAUCAGUUGCCUCAAAGAUGGCAAACCAGAUGUCGAAUGUAUGAAGAGGCUUGAUGCAUUGCAACUGAAGCGCCUAGUGAGAAGGAACAAGAGGUUUCUGAGGGAGAUUUUUGUUGGCAAGAGACCCUGCAAACGGCAUUUGGAUUAUAAGCAAGGUGGAUACGCAAGAGCGAAUUUAGCGUAUGAGGCUUGGUACGGACCAUUCACCGAAGACCAAGUUGACUGUAUUAUGACAGAGUUGAUGAAGGUGUACUGUGCAAAGCAUAACAGAUUCCUUGAAUACCUCAGCAAAGUCUUGCUCCCGGAAGCUCUGACAAAGAUCUGCAUGGACGUCUUGCACCUCUCACAGGAGGCUGCCCAGUUAAUCAUGGAGGACAUAUCGCUGUGUAGUGAUGCAACGUUGCUAGGCAACAGAUACUGAUGCAGUCCCACAAGAUCCAGUCAAGUACAGUGCACACAAUUGCAGUUUUAAUCAUUAACUGUAACCAGGGCCCAAUUUCAUAAUGCACGUAAGCACCAAAACUUACUAACCCCGGGAAAAUGUGCUUAAAGGAAACAGGUAACCAGCCAAAAAACUUAAAUUGAGAUUACAUUGUUGCCACUGGGUCCCAACUCAUUGUUUGAUUAGCAAGGCAAAUUGGCUAAGCAGUAUUUUCUGCUAAACAGGGCCCAUAACACAUAUGCUGCAACCCUAUCUGCCAUUUUUGUUUAACAAAAUCCACGGGGUGUUUUAGACCGCGGAACAAUUGUGCAGGUCACAAUUUGACAACUUUAGACUACCUUUAACAGCUUAACAUUGAUCCGGAUGACAACUUUAGACUACCUUUAACAGCUUAACGUUGAUCCGGAUGACGUGUACAUGUACAAGCAUGUCCGCCGAAUGCAUUGAUUUGUGUGUAGGGUCUAAACUUCCCGAUUGCAACUGUUUUUAAAGUUGCUUCGUUAUGUGCCGUUUUUAAGGAGCCACACUUUCAAAAACUCUUGUUCUACUGUUUGUUGGUCUUUCUUGCAGGCUGCUUAUAAAUUAUGCAGGAAACCUCGACUUUUUACAUAUUGUACUUGAUUUUGCCUUUAAGAAUGUGUUGUUAAGAACACACCAUUUGAACUUGCCAAUCAUUCAGAAUUGUUGAAAGUCUGUUUUUAUUUAAAGCCGUGUACAUGUAGUGACAAUGUGUACAUGUAUUUUUCUGCCAAUAAUACAUUGUGUAAUUGCCGUUUUGGAUCGCUUUAGAGCUCAACAAAAAAAACUUUCUCACUGGAGGGUCAUGUGACAUCUUGUGAAAUGCACUGAAAACAUUGUAAAAUGUAAAUUUUUUUGUUAAGUUUGAAAAUGUUACCGUUGAAGGCUGUACGUUUUUGUAAAGUUUGUUAUUAAGGAAGGACCUUUUGCUCCGAUGUUUGUUUUUCUAUCAAAACUACAUCGUUG